UACAUGUUUUCAGUAUAGGGUUGUGUGCAAUAAGUCAAUCGUGAAUCGAAUCGUGAGCGUGCCGACGUAGCUGGACACUCUCCUACGAUAACCUUCUCCAGCAUCCCUACCGCGGAGGACAGCGGAAUAUCUGUAUGGCAUAGUCCCGCGCGGAGGGAGGGGUCCUGGUGCAAGGUAACAGAAGGCUCCGUGCCGACGAAUGGAGUCCGGCUGUUUACAGACAGCAAUGGCUAUGGGUUUGACAUCGAAAAAGGCAUCUACUCGGAGCGUCGGCGUGGAACGAAAAAAUCUCAUCACUGUUUGCAGAUUUUCAGUGAAGACUCUACUGGAAAAGUACACAGCCGAGCCCAUCGAUGACUCAUCCGAGGAGUUUGUCAACUUUGCGGCCAUUUUGGAGCACAUUCUCAGCCACCGCUUCAAAGGUCCGGGCAGCUGGUUCAGCUCAGAUGGACAGCGUAGUUUCUGGGACUACAUCCGGUUGGCAUGCAGCAAGGUGCAGAACAACUGCAUCGCCAGUAUUGAGAAUAUUGAGAACAUCAGCACCUCACGCGCAAAGGGGCGGGCAUGGAUCCGAGUGGCACUGAUGGAGAAGAGAAUGUCUGAAUAUGUUGCCACAGCUCUGAGGGACACACGGACCACCAGGAGGUUCUAUGAUGACGGUGCCAUUAUGCUGAGAGAAGAGGCCACAGUGUUGACAGGCAUGCUUAUCGGACUCAGCGCUAUAGACUUCAGUUUUUGUUUGAAAGGCGAAGCGUUGGAUGGGAAGUCCCCUGCAGUGAUUGACUACACACCCUACUUGAAGUUCACUCAGAGCUACGACUACCUGAGCGACGAGGAAGACCGCUGCAGCGUGGACAGCAGUGCGAGUGACGAGAGUGUCCCCGAGCACCCCUACAUCCCCUUGGUAACCGACGACGAAAGCUGGAGCACCAAAUGUCGCAAGAUGGAGCAGAGAUUUAAGAUAGUCUACGCCCAGAAGGGUUACCUGGAGGAGCUGGUGCGUCUGAGAGAGUCCCAGCUGAAGAACGUGGAAAGUGAGAACAAGCGUCUGAGCUCCACGCUGGGGGAGCAGAGUGUCCAGAGCCACCAGGAGAAGAAGGAGCUGGAAGCCAUCGUUCUGGAGCUACAGGCACAGCUCACUGCCCUCAUCCCCUGUGAUUCCUCUCACCUGGCCAAACACCUGUCCAUCCCUCUGGUCAACCAGUGGCCCUCAAUCCCAAACAACCAGGGGGACGUCAAGCUCUUUCGCAGAAGAAGUUUCCACAGUCUGGAGUUGCUUUCUGCUGAAGUUAGCCUGAACUCCGAGUCCCAGAGAACAGAUGGCAGAGAGAAUGGAGAUGCUGCCUGGUCUUCAGCAGAUAAGGACUACACCCCCUCUAUGCUUGGUCUGUGUGGUUCUCUGGCCUCCCUUCCUAGUUGCAAGUCCCUGUCCAGCCUCAAGUCAAGCGAAUGUCUGGUCAACAUCAGUACUGAGCCCAGCCCUGCUCUUUCUCCCAGCUAGGGGGCGCCACAUCCAGGCUUCGAGGAGUGGCAACCCAACAGCCAACCCCAGCCCUUCCUGCCUGUCUGCCUGGUGAUGUUGCAUCGGCCAUGAUGAACAACACUGCAACCAUCCUUGUCCUCCUCAACUUCUCCGCCACCUCUCAUUCACAAACAAUAGAGGGAAAUAAUCUAUCCCUAUUUCUUUAUUUCUAUAUGGAUACAUUUAAAGUGACGAUACAACAAAAAGCAUAAGGUACUCAAGUAUAAACUCUACGCAUAACUUCUGUGACUUUUGCCCAUGCAGUAAUUCACUUGCCUUUUCCCACACACUCUGUUCUAGCCCUUCUGAUGUAUACAUUUCUAGUUGGACUUGGUCUUGGCCUGUGCAGGAUCUUGCUGUGCUUUUGAUCACAUAUAUGCCACUUCAUUUCAGGAAAACAAUUCAAUUUAAAUUCAUUCUCCAACUGUUUCUCUGACACUGAUAAAUCUCCUCAUAGUACUGUUUGUGUGUCAGUGUUGCCCUGGGCAAGUCAUGCUUUUGCCCAGAGCAAGUCAGAAUUACACAGAGCUGGAAUGACUAUGGAAGCAAAUUAAAAUUGAACUAAGAAUUCAUUUCAAUGUGAAAAAAAAAUUCUAAUUCAUAUUUCAAUUU